UCUUUGCGUUGUCACAGCACCCUGGCUGCCACCUCCCCAACCCAAGCGACAACGGUGGAGAUAAACAUAUCCACUCGAUACACAGUCCUGCAUCAGCACCAUGUUCUUUCUAGCAGGUGGAAUACAUUUAAACGCACAUUGCUCGGUGCAGCUUGAUGCGUAAUUCCGGCGUAAAUAAACACUUCUCGCAUAACCAGACGCGCGCUCAUCGCAAUCCGGUGCCUCAUCACUGAACGGAUGGAUUAUCUCAUGUCUGACUUUUUGUGUUGAAUUUGAGAAGUGCGGGAUCCAGAGAAACCAGAUGGGAUUGUUGACACCACCAACGCGAGGCCCGCUGGAGGAUGAAACACGGGCUCUGAAUGUGCCCAUAUAAGAUGAUCUGAUCAUCACUACAACGCGUAGCUCAACGCAUUUCCCAGUGAUUCAGUCUCCGCGUGAUGCGCUAGUAUUUAUGACUCGUCUGCAUUUGUUUAGCUUUAUUUAUACAUCCCAUGCGGUAGCCAUAGCAAUGGUUUGCUUGGGCUGAAGAUGAAUGGGCGCACUCUGCUGGAAAUGGACAGCUUUAUCCCAUUUAGAUCCAUUUUAGAUCACUGAGGUACAUUUUUAAACAGUCGUCCGUUCAUAGACUUUGGAGGAACAUCAUAUGUCAUUAAGUGGUAUCCAGAUGCGAUGAGGCUUCCCUUGAUCUGUAGGGCCCAUCUCUGCUAGAGGAAAACACUGAGGUUCUGGAGGUGCAACAAUGCCGAGCUCUCGCCUCAGCCCUGGCUCCGUGGACUACUGGGUGGACGGUUCACGUCGAGAUGUUUCGUUGGAGGAGUUCUACACCAUGGGUCCAGAACUGGGAAGGGGGGCCACAUCGGUUGUGUAUCGCUGUGAAGAGAAGCAAACAGAGAAGCCCUAUGCAGCCAAGGUUUUGAAGAAAACUAUUGACAAGAAAAUUGUGAGAACAGAAAUCGGGGUUUUGCUACGUCUUUCCCAUCCAAAUAUUAUUCGCCUGAAAGAGAUCUUCGAGACGAAAACAGAGAUCUCUCUAAUCUUAGAGCUCGUCACUGGCGGGGAACUUUUUGACAGGAUCGUGGAGAGGGGCUACUACAGUGAGAGAGACGCUGCUCAUGUAAUCAAGCAGAUCCUGGAGGCAGUGGCGUACUUGCAUGAAAAUGGGGUCGUUCACAGGGACCUCAAACCAGAAAACCUGUUAUAUGCUGAUCUAUCAAUAGAUGCUCCUCUCAAGAUAGCUGACUUUGGACUCUCCAAGAUAAUAGACGAGCAAGUGACGAUGAAGACGGUGUGUGGUACUCCUGGUUACUGCGCUCCUGAAAUUCUCAGAGGCAAUGCUUAUGGCCCAGAGGUAGACAUGUGGUCCGUGGGAGUGAUCUUGUAUAUACUGCUGUGUGGAUUCGAACCGUUUUUCGAUCCGAGGGGAGACCAGUACAUGUACAGCCGCAUCCUCAACUGUGACUAUGAGUUUGUCUCCCCCUGGUGGGAUGAGGUCUCCCUCAAUGCAAAGGAUCUGGUCAGUAAACUUAUAGUUCUGGACCCUCAUAAGCGUCUGAGCGUGCAGCAGGCGCUGGAGCAUCCAUGGGUGCUUGGCAAAGCAGCACGCUUCUCCCACAUGGACACCACACAGAGGAAGCUGCAGGAGUUUAACGCUCGACGCAAACUGAAGGCUGCGAUGAAAGCUGUAGUGGCAACAAGCCGUAUGCAUGAAGGCUCAAGGCGUCGCACCGACAGCUGUGAGAUCCCCAGCUCUGACAAGAACUCACGGCAAUGCAGCUUGGCAAAAGAUGCACCCAUGGACACCCAGAGUGAAUCAGUGAAUCCUGUGGAAGAAGACAUGGUUAAGACUGAGGAGAAGGAGGAAUCACAUGACCCGAGUUCCCCCAUUCAUGCCUCCAUGAACCCCAAACCGUCCACUCUGACCGUGGGAACCAUGCCCACUAGGCCACCCCUAAAGGUAGAGGGCUUGAGACAGACCACGGUCAUGGCCAUGGCUCCAGUUGUCCGGCCCAGGGUGCCAAAGAAAAGUUGCUCGGUGGAUCCUGGGGUUAAGCAUGUGCCCUUGCCGGUCCUCACCAGCCCACCCAGCCCUAAAAGUAUGAGCAAUGGCUUUGUUGAGACUGGAAACAGCACAGCAGAGUGUCAAUGAGUGCAAAGGAAUUCUUAAUAACGUACAACCAUCAAAUCAUCUCGCUACUCUGUAGAACCAAUGAAGCCACUCGGUUAAGUGGUUAUACAGCUAUACGUCCAGUUUACUUGACUUACUAUAACUAGACAUUUACAAUGGUCUGGGAAUCCUUCAUUAAAGACACAAGCUGACAUGGUUCUAAGACUGAAUGCCAUUAUUGUUGGAAUGACACAUCUGUGGAUAGAUUGUAGCUGAUACUGUAUAGAAAAGGCACAAUAUAAUAAUAACAGAUGGGCCUAAAAAAAGCUUGUAAUUUUUCUUUACUUUUUCCUGUUUACAAAUUAAUUGAUCUUUUGGCUCUCAAAAAAAAAUUUUAUUCUUUCUGAAAAUGCAAAAUUUCCUCUAAUGUUAUGUAAGUUAUAGAGUUAAGACAGUGUAGCAAGCUUGAUUGCUUUGCAUGCAUGUACAUGGAAGUGAAUUUCAUAUCUUGGGGCUCAUUUGUGUAUUUUUUAUAGACAGUGCAAUGGAAUCAAGAGACUAAUUAUCAUGGUUAUGUUAGCAGAGAGGUAAAAAGAAUUAAUGUGUUUGUGAAAUUAAUACUGUAGAUGUAUAUCUUUUUUUUUUUGUUGGAUGAUUGGACCUAAGACUGAAGGUUUAUAUUGUAUAUACUCUUUUAAACUAGAUAUAUAAAUAUUAAAUUAUCCUUAUAAUAAUUUGUCCAUUGAGCUUUGUAGCGGUCAAGAAUAACAUCCUUUCUGAUAUUCAGUUGAAUUCUGAGUAUUUCUUUUCCUGAUACAUAAUCGUUUACUUCUAAAGGAAAUAUUCUCAAAAACUGUUCUGCUUGAUCUAUUAACUCAUAACCAUGUACAAAAAUAAAGCCCUACAGAAUGUAUAGAACACCGCUACAUAAGCUUGCACGAUUGUAAUGGUGUAAAUUAUGUUAAGCGUUUAGCACCACUCGCGUUGCCGCUGUGUUUAUAUCCUUUUGUAGCUUUUUUAUUUUUGCAUUGACAUGAAGAGUUCCAUUGCUCUCUUUUCUCUUUUCAGAUGUAUGUCACAACCACACUUUCUACCUCUUCCUGUCCAGGGGCUUACAACUUCCCAAAUACUAUUUAAAAAAAAAACAUUGCAACUCUUAUUGGCGUGGUGGAAGAAUAUAUUUACAUUUGUUGAAGUAAAUCUGCUUCUGUAAAAAUGACUGAACUUAAAAAAAAAAUGUCAUUAAUGAUUAUAUAAUCAUUCGCCCAAUGCCACGCUAUGUGUACAUAUAGCUGAAAUGCAUGGCAAAUUGUCAUCACUGAAACGCAUCUAUAUGGUUAUGUGUGAUAUUUUACAAUGAAUAUAAAUUACUUAGA